AAUUCGUUUCUAUUCUCGAAGCUCAGUGACGUAGAGAGCCUCGUACUGAGUAGUUACUCAGGAUGACACCUAGUAGCAAGUAUCCUUCAGUAAGAAUGGAAUGACAAAAAGUGUAAGUAAAUGGGCUACUAAAGAAAGUAUAACUAGGGGGGUAUUUCCCGCUGAAGAAUAGUCCUCCAUCAUUGUUAUCAUCACAAAACAAUCCCAUCCUCAAAUCUCAAUAAUCUCAAUCGAACCAAAGAGACUUUCUUCAAAAUCUACAAAAAAGACACUCAAAAUGCAAUUCCCAACCACUACCGCAGUUUUCCUCUCAGCCCUCCUCUCCACCAUCGCCGCCGCUCCCGCGCCCCAGACAACAGUCACCCCGGGCGCACCCACAACCUGGGAAGUAACCAACUUCAAUCUCGGAUGCUCCCCGGCCGGUUGCACCUACUCUUUCACCAUCAGCGGGCCCGCGACCGUCGACGUCGGCUCCGCAUUCACAACUCAAUGCACCGGAACCGACCUCCAGGACAAGUUCGUGGCAUGUGCUGAUCCGAAGGUGACGUCCAACCUAGUCCCUGAGACGACAGGCUUGAUUUUGUCCGUCAUUAGGGAAGGACCUGCUGCUGCGGGCGGACCUGUGGGCAUUAUGAGUGGAAAUGCGACGGCGGCGGCGAGUGGGGAGCCUGCGUUGGAGAACUUUUCGAUUCCGGCGUACUUUUAUGGGGAUAUUGCUUCAUAGGGCAAGGGACACGAGGUGCCGUGGGUGGAGAGAAUUGGAAUGAAUGGAGUGUAGCGGAGUAUGUGAUGCCUUGUAAUGCUUGUAGAUGAAGGUUUGCAUUGUGCAGAGGAGAUCUUCUGUAUUUUAGCAUUGUACCACGAG